UUUUAAUUUCGACACAAACUAAAGACAGAAAUUUUGCAAAAAUUGAAAGACAAUCGAGGAUUGAAUGAAAAUCAUCCAGACAACCCGAAUUUGAGUCCAAAGUACUAAUCAAAGUCACCGGUACUACGCUAAGAGGGGAGCACCCCUCUUCCUAUAAAUACGAAGAUUUUCUCUCAAUGCACUAGUGCACCUAUAGACAAAAUGCAUAAGGUACUCCUGUUAGUAGUGUCCCUAGCGGCAUCCUGGGCCUAUCCCAUCGACUACGGGACCCAGUUAACCCCAGCAAUCGUCAAAGAAGACCCGGCGGCCUACCCAAAGUACCACUUCGAGUACGGCGUGAAAGACGACCAAACCGGCGACAUUAAAGAACAAGCAGAAGAGCGCGACGGCGACGUGGUCAAAGGCGAGUACUCCCUAAUCGAGCCCGACGGUACUCUCCGCAAAGUGCAGUACCAAGACGACGGCAAAAGCGGCUUCAACGCCAUCGUGACCCGCGGCCACUCCACGCACCCCGCCCCCAAAAAAAUUGCAGUACCCGUUCCGGUACCUCUCCUCUAUCACCACUAAC